AAUUCAGUUUCUUAUUGAGCUGGCAUUUGUAGAAGAAGGCUGUGAGAUGUUGAAGUUGUGGGAAGUUAAUAUAUUUCAUUCGGAUUUGCACAAAAUCGUGAUAUGGAUAUUAGAAGUCAUUUAUUAACGUGUAGAAGCGAAAGAAGUAUUUUAAACAGUAUAUUUAAUGUGAAAAUAUAAGAAUGAAUGAGAGAAAAAUGUCAAAUAGUUUUAAAAGUUACGUAGGCUUUGAAGAUCAUGAUUCACAAUCACUGAACACAAGUGGUGAUGACUCUUUCACAGAACUAAACCCAAGACUGUUGCCUGGUGAGGUUGUGAUUGCUGAAGCCCAGAAUGUAUUGUUGUUUGCUCCUGUUAGUGAGCAAAAGCAGGGUAAAUCAGGAAGUUUGAGUGUUACAAACUUCAAGCUUGCUUUUGUUACCACAGAAGAAAGGCCAAAAGAGGAAAGUGGGCAGCAAAAUUUACUGUUGGGAGAAUAUGAAGUGUGCCUGUCAAAUGUGGAUGUGGUUUACCAGCUAGUAGGGGACAAGAAACGUCGACUUACGCCAGGCAAUAACGUAACUGGGAAAGUUAGAGGCCUCCAUAUUUUAUGCAAAAACAUGAAGGUGCUGUCAUUCAGCUUUAAGUUUUCACCUGUAGGACAUGGCAAAAACCUAACCAAUGCACUCUUACACCAUGCUUUUCCAAGGAGACACCAGCUACUUUUUGCAUAUGAUUACAGAGAACCAUACUAUAAUUGUCAGCGAGAAGUGUGUUCCUUCCGGGGUCUGGCUGAUUGGGAACGAGAGCUUUUGAGGACUGGUUGCCAGGGUUGGAGGUUGUCGGCUGUAAAUCAAAGUUUUCAGCUUUCCACUAGUUUACCUCAGUGGUUGAUUGUGCCACAAGAAGUAUUGGACUGGCAGCUAGGAGACGCAGCGAGGCAUUUUCGAGGAAGUAGGCCCCCUAUUUGGUGUUGGGGUUCAUCACAUGGAGCAGCUCUUGUGCGCAUGGCAGAUAUCCAUCCGACUAUCACAGACAGAGUAAAAGAAAAUGUGAUGUUGGAGAAUGUAAGAAAGUCUCAUCCUCAGCGAAGACAGCCAGUGUUGCUUGACUUAAGCAAAGACUUCCCUAGUCCUAGAGAUGUUCAGAUCAGCUACACCAAAUUCAGGGAACUGUGUGCACCAGAAAGUCUUCGUCUGUUUUGGAUACAAGAUAAUAAUUUCUUCUCUCUACUUGAGGGUAGUCGAUGGCUUCAAAUUGUAUCAGUGUGUUUGCGUAAAUCCAUUGAGGCUGCAGAAGCUAUUCAGAGAGAUGAAACAGUGGUUCUACAAGAGGGUGAUGGACGGGACAUGUGCUGUAUUGUGGCAAGCCUAGUGCAAGUUUUAUUGGAUCCAUAUUGGCGUUCAUUACGUGGCUUCCAAACACUCAUUCAGAAAGAAUGGGUAGUUCUUGGUCAUCCCUUUUGUACUCGCUUGGCCCAUGUGUUCAGUACUGAGUCUGAACAGUCACCAGAAUUUCUAGUGUUCUUGGACUGCAUGUGGCAGCUUCUCCAACAGUUUCCAGCUGCAUUUGAGUUUACAGAAACAUAUCUCACUACCCUUUGGGACUCGGCACAUGUUUCUGUGUUUGAGACUUUUCUGUUUGAUUGUGAACGUGAUCGCACCCUUGCCACUGCUGAUCCAAAUAACCGGCUUGUGUUAAGAAGUAUUUGGGAUUGGGGGGAGCAGUUCCCAGAACAGGACAUUGCACUGUUCACUAACCCACUUUAUGAGGCCUGUAGUCACUCACAACCAAAGGAAUUGCUACCGCACGGUGGGCUGUCAUCAUUGAGCCUCUGGAGACAGUGUUACUUCCGAUGGCUACCGCUGUUGGAGAUCCCUGGGGGUGGCCUGGCACAGAUAGACCUGCACCACCGUCAGCUGUCUGCAGAAGUGGCCGCCUUGCAGCGGGGUGAAUCUGCACCUGAACAGACUCUUACCCAAGUUGGCUCUUUCUUCCCAUUCAGCCAUGGUAUCACUCGACCUGGUGCUCUCCUUGCUAGUUCUUUAACACUGAACACAAGUUUCCUGCCAGGAGAGGCCUUUCUCGACUCUCAGUCAUUACUGAAUGCUCCCGACUGAGAUGUUAGAUUUCCGAUGUAGCCAGACAGAUCUGGAUACAUAGAUGUAGUAUCAGUGCACAAAAAUACAGUCAAGACCAGUCAUUUAAAAUAUCCUCUUAAGGAGUUACCUUAGGUUCAUGAAAAAACUGUCACCCAAAUCAGGGAUCAGACUGGUUGUGCAGUGCUUUGUGGGAUGAGUUAUGAAGACGUGAUUAGCCUACCAGCUUCAGCGCAUUAAAAUUAAAUUCAUACAUAAUUUGCCAUCAGUUAAAAAACAGUUGCAGUCGCAGUAGAGGUCAUGGAGCUGUUGUUGUCAGAAUAUGGGUUAUUUUUCUUGCACCAAAAAGUACUGAUUCCUAAAAGUAGUUGUUUCUAGUACAUUUGUACUCUCAGCAACUCAGUGAAUGUGUGUAUAUGAAGUUCAUUCUCCUUAAAGCACUAUCAUUAUGUUUGGAAUGAGAGACAUAAAUAAUUUGUGUAAAACUACAGUGAUAUUUUAUAAACUGCAUGACAGUGAAGACAUCCCUUAUUUAAGUUGCAAACUUCUGUUACCAACCUUUAUCAUGUGGCUAGACUUCGAACUUAUGCAUGUCACAUGAUGUUUGAAAUGGAAUAAGUAUGUCGUGUUUCAGGUCUGAGGGUCUAAAGUUGUGUUCUGUUGUUACUUGCAUUGCAUCCUCUUUUAGGCCAGAGGUUGAAAUUUGUGUGUGAUGAUACAGAACAGUUCCAGUUUCAGUUUUAGUGGUCCCUGACUUGUGUGAGUGAGUUUUCUUCAACCCAGGUGAGGAAAAAAGAAAGAAAGAAAAAGUUCUCAGGAAUACAAAAAUGUUUAAGUACGGCUGAGACUCGAAUGAAACACUGUGCUCUGUAUAGCAUCUCAAAGCUUUGCACUUUUUAAUUAGCAGUCCUUGACCAAAAUAAAUUAGAGUUUAAAAAGCUACACAAAAUAAAAAGUACAUUAUUUUAGUAUUUUCAAAAUAUUUCAGCAGUAAUUCUUUGGAGGUGACAUUAACAUACACUAGUUCAUCUUUCUUAUUCUGGGAAAACUUUCUAGUACUGCUAAUUAAUUUUGUAUUGCUUCUUUGGCUAGUACCCUAUAAUUUCACAAUAUCUAAAAAACAUGAAGAAAGGUACUAUGUUGUUGCCAGUGAGGUGUUUUAUUCUGUAUUGUGUGAUAACCUGGUAUGAAUACAGUAUGCAGUAUAUCAGGCACCACAUCACAGUUCCAUGAACCAAAGGAAUGUAUUAGUGAUAGGGAAGAAGAAGGACUUAUUCAUUUGUAUGCCAUAAUUCGGUAUGUUAUUUAAAGAUUAUAUUGGUUGUUGUCUUGUCUACAAAUGUGGUGCCACUCACUGUAUUCAGUUCCCUGAAGGAAAAAUAAUGCCUUCGCUGUAACAUUUUCUAAGUUUCUAAUUCCUUAGUUUCUGAUUUCAUAACCUAUAAUACUUUGAUUCUGUCAUUUUAGACUAAAGGAAAUUUUAUGGACAGUAUUUUCUUAAAUUUAUUAUUUUAUGCCUAUUUUUGGAAAAUAAAUCUAUAUGAAAUAUCUCUGUUAGCAUACUGAGUUUUUGAGGUGGUCUCUCACUUCAAGUGUUUUACAUUUUUCAGAAAAAUUAAAAUUACUUAAAAAUUUGUUGUAAUGCUAGAUUUAGCUGUGAAACAUUUUAAGUUCUGGGUGUAUUUGAUAAGUACAAAAUUUUCAAUUCAAUGAAACAUAUUUCUCUUUUUCAAAGACAAAAUUUAUUUUUGUCAUAAUUAUGAAGUUGUUAUUGGAACAGGCUAUAAUAAUGUUCCCUUUAAAAUAUAAUUUUCUAAAAGAUAAAUUCAUAUGCCAUAUUUUAGUAUCUGUCUGUCUCCAGAGAAAGAUAUUACAAUACUGAUUUCCAUGAAACACUGCCUUAUGAGAUUUGAGGUUUUUAUAAUGGUGAAAAUGUCAUUCUGUCAUCUGCAUUGCAACACCAGUAAACUUUUAGACACAUACCAACACAUCCACACAGUGUCACAAUCCAAUGACUAAGUUUGACACCAUCAUGCAAGUCUUGAUUUUGUUUACUGCAUUAAAUAAAGUUAUAUAAAACUGUCACCAGCAGCCACAGACAACAUAGUUCAGUGAUAUAACAGGAUGUCUCCAUGCUGUAAUCUGCUUUACACUUUGUAUUUUACUGAAGAAAUUAUGAGGCCAGUUACGAUAAUUAUAGUAUAGUACACAAAUUCAAUAUUCAUGGCCACAUCAUGAAUGGACUCAUGAUGACCUCCAAUCAAAUCAACUUGGGUUGAAAAUUUGGUCAUUCUGAAUAUUUAUAGUAGAAAGCCUAUGUUGGCAUAUUUUCUCAAUAUUUGUCACAGACAACUGUUCUGAAGAAUGAAAGUCUUUUUAUUUUAUUACAUAAAUGACUUAUCUGUCCAUUCUUUCAUUUUCAAAGACUAUUGUGAUGUUACAAAGAAUCAAUAUAAUAUUUUAAUUAAGUGUUGAAAUCAGAUGUUGGAAUGUUUAUAGAAGGCAAUACAUUUAUUUUUAUUAUGCAUAAGAUACUUUUAAGAAAUUUUGUCACUGUGUAUAUGUACAUUUCAGAAUAUGAUCAGUUGAAACAGAAAUAUAAAUUUCAGGUAAAAACAAA